AGAUAUGUGAGACACCAGAGAACAUAGAACCAGCACAGAGCAGUGCAUUCCACUCAGAGAGAACAGGAACCAGGCACGAGACUCAUAUGCUAGACACAUUCUGCGUGCUGCUGUUAAGAUGGAAAGGCUACAGCUGAAAGGGUGGAAUGUGUUCCCAUGCCUUAUCUUCCUCUAUUUGGCAGGCUGUGUGUUAGUAGAGGGGACCAGUCGGUGUAGUCUGUUUGGCCGGCAGUACAUACAUACAUUUGAUGGCGUCAUUUAUGAGUUCCCUGGAGACUGUAGCUAUAUGCUGGCUGGAGACUGCCGUCGCAGAACCUUCUCAAUAUUGGGUGAUUUCUCUCAUGGCCAAAGGAAAGGAGUGACUCUCUUCAUUGGAGAGGCUUUUGAGUUGCAUCUAUCUGUGGAUGGAAGCCUGUCUCAAGGAGCAGAGAGGUUGCAUUUGCCGUAUGCCUCGAGCUCAGUGUUUGUGGGCUUCGAGUUGGGUAGCGUGCGGUUGUGGAGUGAUGAGUUUGGUUUUUCCAUUCGCAUUGACCCUACACAAAACAUUCAGCUCACCCUCACCAAACACCAUAGUAACCAUACUUGUGGUCUCUGCGGCAACUACAACUCUCUGCCUGAUGAUGACUAUACUGCACAAGAAGGUUUUGUGACAGAGGACCCUUUUGACUUCGCCAACUCAUGGGCCCUUAAUGGGGCUUCAGAGCCAUGUAAACACAUAACCCCACCUUCUCAGACCUGUAACAGCACAGGUCCCUCAGUGAAAGAUCGAAUGUCUCAGUGUGAGGCUCUGCGAACGUCUGCAGUAUUCCUUCGCUGUGCACACCUGGUGAAUGUGGAUGCAUUUGUGGCAAUGUGUGAGGCUGAUGUGUGUCACUGUGGAAACAGUGAAGACUGUUUAUGUCAGGCCCUGCUGGAAUAUGCACGUACCUGUGCUACCCAUGGAGUUGUACUACAUGACUGGCACACCCAGAGUCUGUGCACUCCAAAGUGUCCAUUAGGAAUGCAGUAUAGCGCCUGUUCUCAGGCAUGUUCCACAUCCUGUCAGACACUGAACAUCCAGGAAGUGUGCAGGGGCGAUUGUGUGGACGGCUGUAGCUGUGCAGUGGGUAAGGUACUGGAUGGAGAUCGCUGUGUUGAUGUCUCCCAGUGCUCAUGUCAGCAUACAGGGAAACGCUUCCCUCCUGGGUCUACUAUCUCACAAGACUGCAACACAUGUGUGUGUCGCCAUGGAUCUUGGGAGUGCACAAAUGAGCAAUGCCCAGGCGAGUGUUUGGUAGCAGGACAAUCCCACUUUAAAAGCUUUGAUAAUAAGUUCUUCACCUUCAGUGGCUUCUGUCAGUAUCUGCUGGCAAAGGAUUGUCAAACCAACCUGUUCUCUGCUAUUAUUGAGACUGUACAGUGUGCAGAUGACCAGGAUGCUGUGUGCACACGUUCAGUCACACUUAAGUUCCAUGAUAUGGCCAGUCAGACAAUUAGGCUAAAGCAUGGGGGUGUGGUCUCCGUGGAUGGCAUGGAUGUUCAAAUGCCUUUGGUCAAAGGAAUACUGAGAAUCCAGAACACUGUGUUGUCCUCUGUGAGGCUGAUCUAUGGAAAUGAUCUUCAGGUGGACUGGAACGGCCAUGGACGAGUGCUGCUCAGGCUUAGCCCAGUGUAUGCAGGAAAAACCUGUGGUCUGUGCGGUAACUAUAAUGGUAACCAAGGCGAUGAUUUCCUGACGGCGAGUGGUCUGGUUGAGACACGAGUGGAGGGUUUUGGAAAUGCGUGGAAGAUGAAUGCAGAGUGUGAAAAUAUUCAAAAACAGCCCACUGAUCCCUGUAGCUUAAACCCAAAGAGAGUGCGCUUUGCAGAGGAGGCGUGUGAGGUGCUGUUGUCUGUGAAGUUUGAGCCAUGUCAUCGUGAGGUAAACCCCAGCCCGUUUGUGAAGAACUGUCGUUAUGAUGUGUGCUCCUGCUCUGAUGGCCACAAGUGCCUGUGUGACGCUGUGAGCACCUACGCAACUGCCUGUUCUUCUCGGGGAGUGCUCAUCAACUGGAGGGGACAGGGAUACUGUGAACUGAGUUGUCCAGGUGGCCAGGUGUAUGAGUGUGGGAGUGUGUGUAACCAGACGUGUCGGUCUCUGUCGCUGCCGGACAGCGAGUGUCGCAGUGUGUGUGAGGAGGGCUGUUUCUGUCCUCGAGGACUAUAUUUGAGUGACACAGGAGAGUGUGUGUCACCAGAGCAGUGCUCCUGUCACUAUGAUGGUGAAAUCUACCAGCCCAAUGACAUGUUUGCUGAUCACCAUUCUAUCUGUUACUGUGAGAGUGGCUCCAUGCACUGCAGCUCCAGUGAUCAGCCAACAUAUAUGUUAUCUGAUCUCUUCUUUGAUGAGCCUCUCCCUUCCAGAGAGCGGCGCUCUCUCUCCUGCACCACACCACUGCAGUUGUUGAAGUGUAAGAGUGUGAGGGAUCUGGGUAUAGAAUGUGCUAGAACGUGCCAGAACUUAGACCUUGAGUGUGUGAGCCAGGGCUGUAUCUCGGGUUGUGUGUGCCCUCCUGGGACGGUUCGUUAUAGAAGAGAAUGCCUUCCUCCAGACCAGUGCCCCUGUUUCCAUAACAACCACCCCUAUGCUCCUGGACAGAGCAUUAAUGUAGAGUGCAACACCUGUGUGUGUGCCGGUCGGCAGUGGAACUGUACUCAGCAAGCCUGUGACGGUGUGUGCCAGACAAUAGGAGAGUCCCACUACCUCAGCUUUGAUCGACUCAAGUUUUCAUUCCCAGGACCCUGUCAGUAUGUCCUUGCUCAGGAUUACUGUAAUGGUUUGGAUGGCACAUUUCGAGUGCUGGUGGAGAGCUCCUGUGGGGUUGCUGGCCAGCGCUGCACUAAGGCUAUCACUGUGCUCUACAUGGGAGGACAGAUCAUCAUGGAGCAUGGAGAGGUGAAGAUGAAUAGGCCGGUGAUGAAGGAGACAGAUGUUGAGAUUGUACGCUCAGGUCUUUAUUACAUCGUUCUCCUAGGAAAACACAUUUCUCUCACCUGGGACACUGGCACUCGUAUUAUACUGAAGAUAAACAGCAAAUACAGGGGAAGAUUGUGUGGUCUGUGUGGAAACUUUGAUGGUAAUCAAAACAACGACCUACUGAGCAGUAACAAUCAGAUGGAGGUGGACCCUGUAGACUUUGGAAACUCCUGGAAGGUCCAGCUGAGCUGUGCUGAUGCUGUCCAGCUGCCGUCUCCAUGCAGUACCGAUGUGGUAAAACUGGUGGCAGUGGAACAGUCAUGCCACGUGCUCACCAGCGCACCUUUCAAGGAAUGCAACAGUAUGGUGGACCCAGAACCAUACUGGGAGAUCUGCACUCACGACACCUGCUUGUGUCCAUCGGUGGGCGACUGCACAUGUUUGUGUGACGCUGUCGCAGCCUAUGCUCACGAAUGUGCCCAGAGGGGAGUGGUUGUAGAGUGGAGGUCCAACGACCUGUGCCCUAUAAGCUGUGAGAAGCUGAAUAAGGAUGCAGGACAGGAGUGUGAGUGGCGUUUUAAUGCCUGUGCUAGUAAUUGUCCUAUAACAUGCCAGCACCCAGAGCCCUUGAACUGCCCACAUACUUGCCUAGAGGGCUGCCAUGCCUUCUGCCCACCAGGCCAGGUCUUAGAUGAAGUUUUGAGACGCUGUGUGGAACCAUCUCAGUGCCAGGUGUGCAUGCACAAUGGAGAACGAAUUUCCCAUGGAAAGCAGAUCAUUUUGAAUCAUGAUGACCCCCAUCUUUGUCAGAUAUGCUACUGUGAGGAAAACAGUUUGAAUUGUGGUCCAUGCCCGUCCCCUGGUCCCACGUCCACACCAACCCCAACCAUUGUACAUACCACGCCUAUGCCCGUCCCCUUCUCCACGGCAGUUCCUGAGGAUGCCUGUGAUAGAGCAAUGGAUCUGGCCUUCCUGGUGGACGGCUCCUCCUCUCUCAAAGAGGAAGACUUUGGCUUGGUCAAGAGCUUCAUCUUGGGUGUGGUGGAGCGCUUCCGGAUGGGUUCGGCGCACACUCGGGCCACGGUGCUUCUUUUCCACUCAGGAGUGAAAAGCUACGACAUGCAGGUGCAGAAGUGGAUUUUCCGAAAAAUGGUGCAUGACAUGCACUACAGUGGCGGCGACGUAGCCUUCAUGGACGAGGCCUUCAAGUACCUGUCUGUGUAUAUCUAUGACAAGAACAAGCGUGCACAUGCAGGCCGUGUUGCCAUCAUGCUGACAGCCAGCAUGAACCCGCGGCCCAUGCGCACCACCCAGCGUCUGCUGAGGAAGAAAGACAUCACCGUCCUCACCAUCGCCCUUGGACCUGAUGUCAGCAUGGCGCAGGUGAAUGACAUCACCAAGUCAACGCCCAGUAGUCGAGCAUAUGUGCUGAGCAGUGUGGCCGAGCUGGAGAACCGUGCUCUGGAAAUCACAGAUUAUCUCUGCACACUGGGCAUGGACCCCGAAAUACCUAAGAAACCCUCCACCUCAAAACCCUCCAUGACAACCACCACCACGACCAUUGCAACAACGAUACCUAUUACAGAGGAUGUCAAGCCAUUUGCUGCUACCAUUCCACCUACAGCUGCUGUCCUGACUGCAUUUCCCAGCACCUUCAGCCCUGGAAAUACUCUUUCUCCUCCUAUAGUGACGAUGCAUGACAUUACCUUCCUGCUAGAGGGGUCAGACAGAGUCGGGGAAGAAGGCUUUAACCAGACACGAGACGCGCUCAUCAACGUUGUGGCAUCCCUUGGACAGGAGGAGAUGAAGCACCUGCGAAUCACAGUGAUACAAUACUCUCUCACUGUCUCUGUCGAGCUUAGUCGAAUGGAGUUGCAGCACAAGGAGCUCUUACUGCGCCGAAUGCAACAAAUCCGCUGGGGAGGCGGGGCCCAGGUGAACACGGGGCAUGCCAUUCGCUCCCUCUAUGAGUCCAUUACUACAGAGAGGCCGGAUCACUCUCCUGACCAGAUGGUGUUCCUCAUAACUCAGAGCCCACCUACUGAUGUGAUUCAGAGGCCAUCCAGCUCCACCCACAUGCAGGUGUUCCCUGUUGGGAUUGGUCCUUAUGUGCAUGAGAUGGAUCUGGAGCCACUUAGUUUCCCACAUGCUCCUAUAAUGUUGAAGACUACUGAGCAGCUGCACUCACUGGGCCCACUUCUGGUUAAUAUCAGUAGGACACAGAAAAGGCCAGUCAUACCUACCCUACCUCCUAGAGCAACACUGCCCUCUUCAGUGCCCUGCUCUAAGGCUAUGGAUGUGAUCUUUUUGCUGAGAACAGCUUUUAUUAAUCAGUUUGAGGACCUGAAAACAUUUGUGAGAUCUUUCAUAAAGAGUGCUAACAUUGGCCAUAAUGAGACUCAGGUAGCAGUGGUAGUAUAUGGAGCGAAGCCAGUGGAGGUUGUAUCCUUCAGAGAUAAACAAAAUGUAGAAAACCUUCUUCAAAUGAUAAACAAAUUAGACAGCAAGACAGACAAUGAAGCACGAUUGGGUGCUGCAUUACGAUCAGCUGUUCAAACAUCAAUUUCCUCCACAAGUGGGGGUAGGAUGGGUGUAGCCAAGCUUGUUGUGAUGCUGGUGAUUGAUAGGUCAACUGACUCAGUGCGGGAACCUGCAAAUGAAGCUAUUACUGCUGGUGUUUCGGUGUUUCCCAUUGGGGUGGGUGAGCUGUAUGACCAGACUGAACUGAGCAUGCUCGCAGGUCCACAUGCACAGGACAAUGUUAUACACCUGAGUAGCACAAAUGACCUGCUCUCUAUGCUUACCCAGGACCACUCAUUCAUUGACAAACUCUGCAGAGUGGGUCCUCCCGGGCUGUGUAUUGAUGACGAGGGAAAAGAGAGACAGCCUGGUGAGACGUGGUUCCUGGCAGAUGGCUGCCACUCGCUGCUGUGUAACCCAUCAGGAGAGGUGACUCUGCAGAGUCACAUGGUCAACUGUGAGAGGAUGGAGCCUCCAGCCUGCCAAAACAACCUCAUAGCCCUCAAGGUUCAUCAGACCUGCGGCUGCACCUGGGCCUGCCCUUGUAUUUGCAUGGGCAGCUCUACCAGUCAUGUGGUGACAUUUGGUGGCGUGGCUGUGAAGCUGAAAAGUGCCUGCUCGUAUCUGCUGCUUCGCUCUGGAGGGGCUGAGCUUGUGUUACACACAACACCCUGUAAGGGCUUGCCCAAUCAAGUCUGCAUGGAGAGCUUGGAGCUGAGAGAGGGCGAGACUAGUAUUGUGUUAAGAGAUGAUAUGAAGGUAGCAGUAAAUGGUGUGGCUACUGCAGUACCCUUCAGACAGGGAGGAGUGGCUGUCACUCAGAUUGGAGCUCUGUUGCACCAGCUGCGGUCAGAGAGGCAUGGGUUCACCCUCACCUUCACUCCCCAUAGCAAUGAGUUUACCAUCAGCCUGGACCUCUCCAUGAUGACAAACACCACCGGCAUCUGUGGUUCCUGCUCUGAUCAGACAGACCAGUUGCUUCCCGAUGGCUCUGUGGCUGAUAACCAGGAUGUGUUUCUGCGAGCGUGGGCCCUGGGCGAGUGUGUAUCCAUAGUGCGGGAGCCUGAGUGGUGUGAGGCGGGUGGGGCAGAGGCCUGCGAAAUGCUGUCUUCUCCAGUGUUUGCCCUGUGCCAUGCUGUUGUGCCCCUGCAGGACUACAUGAGCAUGUGCCGUCAGGCCGCCUGCCAUCCUGCUGCUGUCUGUGACCUCCUUGCUGUCUACAGCAGCAUGUGUAGACAGCAGGGUGUGUGCAUCAACUGGAGGAAAUCCAACCUAUGCCCCAUGCCAUGCCCUAGCACUAUGGAAUACGACGCAUGUCGAACUGGCUGUGUGGAGCAGUGUGGGCGCGGCAGGCAAGUACUGGGUGAUGUGGAUGCGACGGAUGAUGGGCAGUGGAACAGAACCCAGUGCUGGAACACCCCCACUGAGGGCUGCUUCUGCCCCUCUGGCACGCUGCUCCGUGGGGACGAGUGUGUCAGCAGGGAAGCUUGCAGCCAGUGUGUGGACCAACACGGACUCUCUCACCAGUUUAUGGAGACGUGGAUCUCUGAUGACAACCCAUGCUUGCUGUGUGUCUGUCUGGAUCAGCAGCGUAUCAACUGCACAGCCAUGCCUUGUAUUAAUGCUAAACCCCCUCAGUGUGGAAAGUGUGAGAUUCUUCUGGAGAAGAAGCAGUCUACGUGCUGCCCUGAGUAUGAAUGUGUGUGUGACACUGUGAACUGUAUUAUGGCUAGUCCGCCACAAUGUGAAAAUGGUCUCAGUUCAGUACUCACAAACCCUGGGGUGUGUGCACCAGUUUAUCAAUGUGUCUGUAAAAAAGAGGAAUGCUCGGCAACCAAACCCUCUUGCCCUGUCCACAAAAAACUGUCCAUCAAACAGACACAGUGCUGUGAUUUAUACGAAUGCAUGUGCGACUGUCAGAACUCCAGUCGAGUUUGUCCCACUGGUUACAUCACCAAGGAACUCACCGAUGACUGUGGCUGUGUUGACAUCACAUGCCUCCCUGAUAAGGUAUGUGUGGUUCAGGGAGUGGUGUAUCAGAUGGGCAGGAGAUGGGAGGAGAAGUGUAAGGUAUGUACGUGCACAGAGAAGACAGACCAAGCAACGGGCCUACACCUAGUGCAGUGUGUGGAUCCUGUCUGCAACCAGAUCUGUCCACUGGGCACCAUCUACUCUCACUCGGAGGGGACAUGUUGUGGUCACUGCCGUAGGUCCAGCUGCGUAGAGGAGGACACAGUGCAUGGAGGACAUCUGCGAGCGGUAGGAGAGCAAUGGGUGUCUCCAGAGAAUCAGUGUUUGUUGAUGGAGUGUGUGCAGGUUAAUGAGGAAGUCUUCAUCCAGCACACUAAUGUGUCAUGCCACCUAAAGGACACACCCAGCUGCCCAUUGGGAACGGAGUUGCAAUGCAAUACAAUUGAAAGCUGCUGCCCUGCCUGCCACUGUGCACCUGUGGAUGCAUGUGUAUUGAAUCAUACACUCAUUGGGGCAGGAGAAAGAGUGAUGGUGGAUGCAUGUACACACUGCAAGUGUACGGAACAGCAGGGGAAAUAUCACUUGACCUGUAGAAAGUUGGGCUGCAGUCCCUGCUCAGAGGGUUACAUUCUAGAGCCAGUGCCAGGGUCUUGCUGUGGCCGUUGUGUAGCAUCUGCCUGUUUCACCCAACAAUCUGAUGGGCAAUUAAUCAAUGUGCCGGUUAAUAGUACACAUGAAGAUGGCUGCAGCAAACACACCUGCAGUGUAAAUGAGCAUGGAGAGCUUGUGCUGGAGACUGCUGUGACCAUCUGUCCUCCGCUGGACAGAGAGCACUGCCUGCAACAUGGGGGCAAAAUAAGUCAGAUAGGCCAGAGCUGCUGUGAGAUGUGUACUGAGCCACCGUGCAGAAGGACAGUGGGUUUGCUGCAAUACAUCAUGGUGGAUGGCUGCCAAUCAGAUGAAAAACUACAGAUCAGCAACUGUGAGGGGCGGUGUACCAGUAAGGCUGUUUAUUCUCUGGAAAAGAACCGUGUGGAAAGUGAAUGUGUGUGUUGUGUUGCCACAGGGACUCUGCCCCUGACUGUUUCUCUGCAGUGUCCUAAUGGCACACACAUACCUCACCAAGUCCUUACCGUCACUGGCUGUGACUGCCAAGCCCACGCUUGCUCUACUGAAUGAAAAUAUGUUUAAUAUCACAAACACGCACACAAAAACAAAUAAAACUCACUAUGGGCACACAUACAUACAACAAAUACACACUUAAUGUCUGUAAAACAGUUUUACUCACACACAGGACACGGUCGUCCUUAUGCGUGCUCUUAUGCUUAUACCGUAUCUGUGUAUAUGUCAUGUCACUCCUUCUUAAAAAUGUACUUAAAGAAACAAUAAAUCAUAUUGUCAUAAAUCAACAUCUAAGCAAUACACUAUCUGCAUUUGCA